AUGCUGAUAAAUUCAUUGCCACAAAAAUUACAGCAGCAAGAGCACGUAUCACAUCUAAUCACCUGUGUUAUAAGGCCACGUCGCCAUAUAUUGGUUAUUGUUAAUCCUUUCAGUGGCCAGAAACGUGGAUUGAAAUUAUGGGAAACACAUGUUGAACCAAUUUUAAAAAUUGCCAACAUUGAUUAUGAUAUUGUUAAAACAAUUCAUCGGAAGCAUGCAGUUGAAAUAGCAAAAAAUCUUAUACUCGAUAAUUAUGACGCUGUAGCUGCUAUUAGUGGUGAUGGAUUGAUACUGGAAGUAAUAUCAGGUUUGCUAAUGCGACAGGAUCGUGAACGGGCACUAAAGAUGCCAUUAGCUCAUAUACCUGGUGGUACAAGUAAUGGACUUGCAGCCAGCAUAUGUUUCCAGUGCAAUGAACCAUUCUCACCACGUGGAAUUUUUUGUACCGAAAUGGCCAUAAUGUUAGCACGGCCACGUUAUCUUCCGUUACGUAUUAAUCAUGUGCAGACAGAACAUGAUGGUAGCAAAGCGAUGUUCAUGUCGCUUACGUGGGGUCUUAUUGCUGAUAUUGAUAUCGGAAGUGAACGUUUUCGUUGGGCAGGUAUGGCACGACUGCAUAUGGAAGCCUUUCUGCGAGUAGCAAAAUUACCGCAUGUUGCUCGCUACAAAGGCAGGAUUUCAUAUUUGCCAGUUCUUGGCAAUGUUUUGCAAUGCCCGGCAAAAUUAUGGAAUGAUUUAGAAAACUAUACCAAAGGUCAUUUUGAAUAUCGACCCGUUGAGAAUUUCAUAGAUCAUGAAGGCAGUGAAGCAGGUGGUAGCAUCAGUAAUAGCUUCUCGGAUAUUUUUAGAAGCGAUAAUCUUAUCCAAAUGCCUCCGCUUUGUGAACCGGUUGGAUCUGAUUGGAAUAUGCUAGAAGGUUACUUCGUUUACGUUUGUUUGACAAGCCUUUCUCAUUUGGGAAGUGAUGUGCCUUAUCUUCCAUGUGCUCGUUUGGAUGAUGACUUCCUAUAUUUAACAUAUGUCGAUUGGAGCAAUGUUAAAUCACGAUUUGAUUUUGCCAAAAUGAUGCUUGGAAUAAACGACUGCUCACAUUUGACUUAUUCUUUUUUGCAGAUAGUUCCAGUCCGAGCUUGUCGUGUAGAGCCAUUAGGCAAUUCUGGCGGUUACAUAGCCAUAGAUGGCGAACCGAUAACUUCUGGUUCAGCAUUUCAAGUGAUGCCAACCCGACAUUGUGCAACAGCAGCACAAACGGACCAAACAGAACCCCUGGAUUUAUCAAUAUCAAAAGUGAAAGAGGUGGGGAGUAAAUCGCAAAGCUUCUCAGUGGAGGGAGUGAGUGAUGAAGGAAUUAAACCGCUGUUACGGCUCGUUCCAAUCGAAACACUGAUGGAAGUAGCGGAACUAUCAAAGCAAAGAGAAUGCCUAAGAAAGAAACGGCUCUGUAAUGUAUGUCAGAAGGAAGUAGUAAAUAUGAAAGUACAUAUGAUAACUCAUACCGGUGAGAAGCCGUAUAGUUGUUCGAUAUGCAAAAAGAAUUUCAUCCAGUUCAUUGAUAUGAAAAGGCAUAGGGUGACUCAUACCGGUGAGAAGCCGUAUAGUUGUUCGAUAUGCAAAAAGAAUUUCACUCAGUGCGGUUACAUGAAAAUACAUAUGUUAACACAUACCGGUGAGAAGCCGCACAGUUGUUCGAUAUGCAAAAAGAAUUUCACUCAGUGCGGUUACAUGAAAAGACAUAUGUUAACACAUACCGGUGAGAAGCCGCACAGUUGUUCGAUAUGCAAAAAGAAUUUCACUCAGUUCGGGAAUAUGAAAGAACAUAUGAUGACUCAUACCGGUGAGAAGCCGUACAGUUGUCCGAUAUGCGGAAAAUGUUCCUCACGAAAACAGGAUUUGCAGACUCACAUGGUAACUCAUGACAUGAAUAGACCUGUCUACCACUGCACUGUAUGCAGCAAGAGUUUCACGAAUAAAAUGAGCUUGAAAUCGCACAUGCUCAAGCAUUAG